AGGAGGGUGGAGGCAGGCGGGCGGGGGACACGGGCUCCCCUCCCUCCCACUCGCACAUGCUGCAGCGUUGCAGUCAGCUGGAGCAGCGCCUCAGCCGAUGACCUUCUCGCCUGCCCGCCGCCCCUGAGCUGAGGACGCCCGGCUCGGCUGCCUUCUCGCCCGCGCGGGGCGGGGAUGUCACAGCGCCUCCCGGGAGCUGCUUCCACCGCCGGGACCAGUUGCAGAGGAGCCGCCGCCGCUCGCGAGGAGCCUGAAAAAUGAACCCCCAGUGCGCCCGCUGUGGCAAAGUCGUCUAUCCCACGGAAAAAGUCAACUGCUUGGAUAAGUACUGGCAUAAAGGAUGUUUCCAUUGUGAGGUCUGCAAAAUGGCUUUAAACAUGAACAACUACAAAGGAUAUGAAAAGAAACCAUAUUGCAAUGCACACUACCCAAAACAGUCCUUCACUACGGUGGCAGAUACACCAGAAAACCUUCGUCUGAAGCAACAAAGUGAAUUGCAAAGUCAGUCGCUACACUUGAAGAGAGUUUUAACCCUUGCCACAGCUAUACAGGGAGCAAAGCAGUCUGAGUUGGUGAGACAGCAAAAUCUAGAGCAACUUGAAAAAUUUGAAACGAUCUUAGAAACUGUAAACAGGCACUUGAAUGUUGUCAUUAUCAUAAAACUCCUGAGGGAAGGAGAGAGGACCCCAGACCAACUGCCUUCGCAGCUGCAGCAUGGCAGCCAUGAUGGGCAUUAG